AUGGAAGUUGUACUGGGUCUUGGCGACCAAGGCCGGGCUGUCGGAGCGGAGGGGGCAGCCUCCGUCGCCUCGCAAGGGGGGCGGCGAAGGUCCCCCCAUCGACGCACGGGGACACGACCAUUCGGAGGAACAGGCGGCGAUAGCGCCAUAAUAAUGCAAGAGCUGCGCCACCGAGUCCAGAACCUGGAGCGGCAGCUUGCCGACAGGGAGCGGGACGGACGUUCUACCGAUCCGAGCUAUACCCCGUCUCCCGGAAGCGAGGAGGAAGACUCUUACCGAAGCCGCCCGCGGACGGAGGCAGAGAGUUCGCGGGAGGAGUCACCCAUAAUGAGGAGACGAAAUGACACGAUCAUCUACUCCCGAGGCAGACCGACCCAUCGAGCGACAAGAGGUCGCGAAGACGGAAGAACACGACAACCUGUGAUAAUGGGCGCCACCCCGUUCCACCGAUCUAUCCUCGAGGUCCGGCUGCCGAAACACUUCGACAAGCCAACGGACAUGAGGUACGACGGAACUCAAGACCCUCUAGAACACCUGACGGCCUUCGAGGCCAGGAUGAAUCUAGAGGGAGUAGGCGACGAAGUGAGAUGCCGUGCCUUCCCGGUGACCUUAGCAGGACCAGCGAUCAAAUGGUUUAACGGCCUCCCUCAAGGUUCUAUCUACAAUUUCUCAGACAUCAGCCGCGCAUUCCUGGCUCAAUUCACAACGCGAAUAGCAAAGGCCAAGCAUCCUAUCAACCUUCUCGGGGUAACCCAAAGACAGGGAGAGCCGACCAAGAGGUACUUAGAUCGGUUCAACGACGAAUGCUUGGAAAUCGACGGCUUAACCGAUUCGGUGGCCAGUCUCUGCCUAACGAACGGCCUCCUUAACGAGAACUUCCGAAAGCACCUUACAACGAAACCGGUUUGGACGAUGCAUGAAAUCCAAACGGUGGCCAAAGAAUACAUAAACGAUGAAGAAGUCAGCCGAGUCGUGGCUGCCAAUAAGCGGCAGUCCGGUUACGGCCAGGCUCUCUACCAACAAAUUGCGGAGAAAGGAAUUCUCCCGAAGCCCCGACCACUCAAGGACCGCACAGGCGGAAACAAGAACCUUUAUUGUGAUUACCAUAAGGGAUAUGGCCACCAAACGCAGGACUGUUUCGACUUGAAGGAUGCAUUAGAGCAAGCGAUAAGGGAAGGAAAGCUGGCAGCGUUCUCCCAUCUCAUCAGGGAGCCGAGAAGGCGUUAUCGCGACCAGGACGAGGAAGGCAAGACACGCCCGGUCAAGCGGCGACAAGAGCCUGAAGACAGAGACCACGGCCUCACGGUGAUAAACGUGGUAACGGCAAAGAACACUGCACCAAAAUCCCGGUCGGCACACAAGAAAGACGCCAAGGUUCUGGCGAUCUCAUCUUCACCAGUGCAGAGUACCAAAAAACCCCCGUCCAUUUCUUUCGGCCCAGAAGAUCAAUGGUUCAGCGACGCCCCGGAAAACCCUCCCAUGGUCAUCACGGCCAGAGUGGGAACCGGCCUCGUCAAACGGAUCCUUGUCGACACUGGGGCCGACUCAAACAUCAUGUUCCGAAACGUGUUCGACGCACUGGGGCUGAAGGAUGCCGACCUGACGACCCACCAGCACGGGGUUAUCGGGUUAGGCGACCACUUCAUCAAACCAGACGGAGUCAUUUCCCUACCGAUCUCGGUAGGACAGAUGCAAGGCCGAAGAUCGGCGAUGGCCGAAUUCGUGAUCCUCCGAGACUCCACAGCCUACAAUAUCAUCUUGGGAAGGAAGACAAUCAAUGAUUUUGAGGCCAUAAUCAACACCAAGCUACUAGUUAUGAAGUUCGUCACCGAUGAUGGAUCCAUAGGGACCAUAAGAGGAGACCUCGAGACGGCGGUCGCCUGCGACAACGCCAGCCUUUCCCUCAGAAAGAAGUCCAAGGAAGCAUCCGGCGUAUUCCUAGCCGACCUCGAUGCCAGAGUAGAGGACAACCCGAGGCCGGAACCAGAAGGGGACCUGGAGAAAUUUAGCAUCGGUGACGAAGGGGAAAGAUUCACAUUCGUUAACAAGAACCUCCCGCAUGAGUUGAAGGAGCCUUUGAUUGAAAUGAUAAGGGCCAACAAGGACCUGUUCGCAUGGACGCCAGCCGACAUGCCGGGCAUUGAUCCACAAAUCAUUACACACCACCUAGCCGUCAAGCCGGAAGCACGCCCAGUGGCUCAACGAAGGAGAAAGAUAUCGGCGAAAAGAGCAGAGGAGGUAGCCAAGCAAACGGCCGGCCUCCUAGAAGCAGGCUUCAUACGAGAAGUGGACUACUCGACGUGGCUCUCAAACGUGAUGCACUCGUCGACGCCGCGGCGGGGUACCGGUAUCUGA